CGGGGGUUGGGAAGAAAGGCUCCAAAGCUGUGGGCGGUCGGCACGGAGCUGCGCGGGCUGCAGGGGCGGUCACGGCUCCGGGCUGCCGGAGUCCCCGCUGUCAGACUGUACACAAACAGACCGCUGUAAGGUUUGAGUUGGGAGCGUUCCUGUGGGGAGCCCGGCUCUGGUGCUCCUUGUCGGCCCCUUCCAGCUGGGCAACCCCGUGCUUUUGCGCUUCGUUCCGCCCAUCGCCUGCAGGCCCUGCUGUCCCCGCAGUACGGCAGGGAAAGGAGCGCCCAGCAAAGAGCGAGUGAAAGUACUUACCGCGGGCCUACGGGAAUGCGUCCCGUUGGUCGGGUACCCACUGAGUCACCCUUAAGACGUCACUUAGUCCUUAGAUUUAUAUUUAGUUGGGCUUCAGUUCCUACAACUUGUAAGUAACUUCUGGGCUUUACGUGUACACUUGUAGCUCUGUUGUUGUUAAUGCAGAGCUGAGUGCUGUGUUUAACUUUCUAUGUUUUCCUUCUAAACAGGACAUAGCUAGCUAGCACAGUGUUCUAAUUAUUGUGCUCAUCCACUGAGGCACAAGUUUCCAGUCUGCUUCUUUGGUUUCUCCUUCCUUCAGUUUGUACAUAAGAGGUUCUCCUCCCUGUAGUGCCUGUCGUGAUGAUUUCCAGAACGAGUUCUCUGGAAUGUUUUCAUGAAGGGAAUGUUGAAAGUUUCAGAUCGCUGCAUUCUUCACCGUAGCCAUCAACUUGUACUUGAGGAUCCUGGAAAUACUUUCAAAGAGCGGGAAAUACUUAAGGUUGCUGACCACUUGCCAGACUUCCUCUCCAAGCUGUUUAAAUGAGAAUGUCCCUGGCACAAAGAGUACUACUGACAUGGCUUUUUACAUUACUCUUCCUCAUCAUGCUGGUGCUGAAGUUGGAUGAGAAAGCACCAUGGAACUGGUUCCUCAUUUUCAUUCCAGUCUGGAUAUUUGAUACUAUUCUUUUAGUUAUGUUAAUUGUAAAGAUGGCUGGACGUUGCAAGUCUGGCUUUGACCCUCGCAACGGCUCCCAGAACAUCAAGAAGAAAACCUGGUAUCUCAUUGCAAUGCUGCUCAAAUUGGCCUUCUGCCUUGCCCUCUGUGCUAAGCUGCAGCAGUUCACCACGAUGAAACUAGCCUAUGUAUUUAUCCCACUGUGGGCCUUGCUUAUUGGGGGUAUGAUUGAACUUGGAUACAAUAUUUUUUAUGUAAGAAGAGACUAAGCUGCGUGUGGCUCUCCAGUUGGAGAUUUGGUACCGAUUUGCUGGAUUAUUAGUUCUGCCACAAAUGUGAUCCCUAAGCCAGAAUGCCGCCCAAGGAAACAUGCUGGAGAUGUGACCUAUGCCAGGCUGAAGACCAGAAGUAGACUUGUACCAUUUUUUAUUUUCAAAUGGUCGUACUUUCUCUUGUAAAUAAAAGUAUUUGUUCCACAUAA